GAUUUGUGAUUUUGGCUGUACACAGCUCCUUCAUCGACUUUUCCUCUCUCCUCGUUGUUCUUGGUAACGGCGAAGCGUUCAACAUCAUGGAGAAUGUUGUACCUCCUCAGAUAACUACAGAACUAACACAGAUAUUGUCCAAUUUGGUUUUGGGUGACAACGAAAUCAGAUCAAAUGCAGAGAAGGCCGUAAAUGAACGUCUCGAGCAGACGCCUGAGCUCUACUUGCUCGCUUUGACGCAAUUUGCGACGGCGGCAGACACAGAAGUGAUGCGUUCUUUCUCUCUGGUCUUGCUACGCCGACUUCUGUUUCGCUCACCAGUAAACCAACGUUUGUCUCUGUACGAUCAACUUUCUGCUCAUGCCUUGUCGACGCUGGAACGUUUACUACUCCACUCACUCUCACAUGAACCUUCUGUCGUUGUCCGGCGAAAGGCUGUAGACACUGUAUGCGAUCUGGCUAAUAAUGCGAUGUCUCGGGGAAGACCUUGGCAUGCCCUGCAAGCUCAGUCAUUUUCCAUGGCUGAGAGUAACGACGCGCUUGCACGAGAGUCAGCGUUUCGGGUAUUUGCAGGGUGCCCAAACCUCAUUAUGGAUCUUCAGACAGAGACUGUACUUGCAGUACUUGAGAAGGGUCUGCAAGAUCCACAAAGCGUUGAGGUUCGCCAUGCAGCCCUACGUGCUUCCGUAUCCUUCCUCUCAGCUACAGAACAUAACCAGCUGGCACAAGUUAUGUCAUUGAUGUAUCCCAUGCUCAACACUCUCCCAUACCUAUCGCACUCUCAACUCCCAUCAUUUCUGUCCACUCUGACACCACUUGCCUCGUCGCACCCACAGUUAUUUGCACCCCAUCUGCACAACUUAUUAAAAUUUCUUCCAGGUCUCAUCAUUCCAUCUUCUGACCCUGGACCAACGCCCACUGUUGCACGUCCAAACCCUGCAGGCGGUUCCAGCUUUGUGUUCCCUCCCCCAUCUGCCGACGAAAAGGGCAAAUCUCCUGCCACGGGCGAUCUUUCGGCUGAUGAUGAAGAAGCAGAAGAAGUCCGGAAAGCAGCGCUGGAAUUUAUGCUUAGUUUGAGUGAGGCUCGGCCCUCGAUGGUUAGGCGUGUAGACGGCUGGACUACUGCAAUCGUUCGUGGCUGUCUCGCAAGUAUGGGUGAGAUUCCUGAAGAAGAAACAACGAUCUGGUUAGAAGCAGAUCCCGCUGAAGAUCCUACGGAUGAUACGUAUCCUCAUGUCUAUGAGCAGUCGCUCGACCGUUUAGCUUGUGCUCUGGGCGGAAAGGCAGUUCUUCCACCUGCGUUUUCGGAUAUUCCAGGGAUGCUUGCGAGCCAUGACUGGCGUAUGAGGCAUGCAGGAUUGAUGGCUAUCGCUGCAAUUGCGGAGGGAACAGCUAAGGUCAUGCAGAAUGAACUCGGUAGGAUCGUUGAUUUGGUUACCCCAAUGUUUGCCGACCCACACCCACGCGUUCGAUACGCUGCUUGUCAAUGCAUUGGCCAACUUUGCACAGAUCUGGAGGAAGUCAUCCAAGAACAGUAUCACCAGCAGCUUCUAAAUGUUCUGAUUCAUACCCUCGAAGCGCCAGAACCACGAGUUCAUGCACAUGCCGCUGCCGCCCUUAUCAAUUUCUGUGAAGGCGUCGAGCGUGACAUCCUUCUUCCAUACCUCGAUCCAAUUGUAGAGCGCCUCCUCAAAUUGCUGAACCCCGGAGCAAGUGGCGAAGGCAAACAACCUAAAAGAUAUGUUCAGGAGCAGGCGAUCACGACGUUGGCCAUGGUCGCCGACGCGAGUGAAGCUACCUUUGCAAAGCAUUAUUCGGCGAUCAUGCCUCUCCUACUAAACGUCCUUCAAAAUGCAAACACUCCGGAAUACAGGAAGCUCCGAGUUAAAGCUAUGGAAUGCGCUGGUCUGAUCGCUAUCGCCGUUGGACGUGACGUCUUCAGACCAGAUUCUGCACAAUUCAUCGAGCUUCUCAUGCGAAUUCAAAACAGUCCUCCAGAUCCAAGUGACACAAUGUUAGGACACUACCUCAUUGCCACGUGGGCGAAAGUAUGUCAAGCAAUGGGUCCGGAGUUCGAGCCAUAUCUGCCUGUUGUCAUGCCACCACUACUGAUCGCAGCUAGUGCGAAAGCGGAUGUGUCAGUGUAUGACGAAGAUGAGUCGGCAGAAGAAAAGGAUGGUUGGGAAACAAUCUCCAUGGACGGUCGACAGGUGGGAAUCAAAACUUCCGCGAUCGAAGAAAAAUGCCAGGCAUUCGAAACCCUCGUAAUCUACUGUUCGACACUUGGUCCCCGCUUUGCACCGUACCUUAGCCAAAGUCUAGAGCUCGUGUUACCCUCGCUUCGUUUCUUCUUCCAUGAGGGAGUGCGAGAAGCAAGUGCAAUGCUCGUUCCUAUGCUUCUGCAUUGCGGAAAGCUGAGCAACACCUUGACCCACCAGAUGGUGUCCGCUUCCUUCUCUCAGCUUGUGAACUGCAUAGGGAUUGAGAACGACGUUUCCUUCCUAGCGUCUUUGUACAAAUGUUUCUCGGACUCUCUUCGGGUGGUAGGCGGACCUACGGCCCUUCCACAGGAAAUACAGGAUGGCGUCAUUGAGGCAACCAAGCGUCAAUUGCAAGCCCUCGCCGAUAGACGUAAGAGUCGUGCAAAUCUUCCCGCUAACGACAUUCGGGAUGAUAAAGAAGAACUUAUGUUACUCGAGGAGAUGGAGGACUUCGCUUUGGAGGACAUGGGUAAGAUGCUUCAUGCCUUUGACGCGAAUCAUCCAUUGUUGGUUGCGAUCUCGAGCGUGAGGGAGUUAGGUCUCCAUUUGGGACAGUGGGAUAGCAGCGAAGAGGGUGGCCAUGAAGGCUAGAAUGGACUGUCGUGGCGCAUGAUUUGACCGUUUCUGAGUGACUAUUGUGAGUAAGCAAUACCAGUUCUGUAUGUACCGACAUAGAGUGUAGAAGACAUGUUGUAAUGUAUGCUCGAAAAGCGGAUCUCGUCUGACUUAAGAGCCAAUGUUUACAAGGCCGAGCGACGCGAAGGAGUAGGGUUGUCAAGCAUACUAUAAACAUGUACGAAGUGGGAUGUCCGAAGCAUUACGGCUGCACAGGUCUCGUACUAUGCACAAGGCUUCCACGA